GCAUGUAGAUGCAUGGCAAACACUUUCAAAGCGGAAAUUUUUUAAAAUAUUACAAUUCUUUAGGAAAACGAAAAUCUAAAAUUUUAAAAGCUAAUCAAGAAGAUGAGACGGGUGAAACAAGUACUGAAAAGUCAAAUGAAAGCCAAUCCGAGAAAUCUGCAGCUGAAACUAAAACAGAGCCAGCCAAAAAAACUUAUCAGUAGCCUACUCCAGGACACAUUAAAGGAUGGUUGAGAUUCUGAAACCAGCAGAUAAAAAACAGCUUUCGAAAUGGAUAGGUGGUGGAUCAAGCAAACAGUUUGAGCUGUUGUUUAAAGCCACAAGGGAUGGGUGUGCCGCCAACGUCUUCCAUGCAAAGUGUGACAAUAAAGGCCCUACUGUCACGGUUUUCUACAACACUGUUGACUGUAUCUUCGGGGGUUAUACCAGCAUGAACUGGUUGUCUGUUACAACCUACAACUAUGACGAAAAAGCUUUCUUAUUUCGGCUACAGUUAAAGGGUGCUCCAGAGUACAAAAAAUACCCAGUGAAAGUCUUUAACAAUGCUAGCUAUUCGAAUGCCACUUAUGGCCCAACAUUUGGUGCAGGUCAUGAUAUAUAUUCCUUCAAUGGUACACUGGCAAAAACAGGAAACUAUUAUGCCAGCAAUGGUGGAGUAACUCUGGGACAAACAUACAACAUGCUUGGAGACACAGCUGCUACAUUUCAUGCAGAGAAUAUACAAUAUACAGACAUCGAAGUUUAUAAAGUUAUUGAUGGAGGUUUGUGUCUGGAGAAGCCUUGGCGUCCAAUUCCUGGUCUCAAUAUGAAGACUCUGAUGUCCGAAGUAGAGAAGUAUUCCCCUGUGGAUGCUGUGAGCAUCGACUACGUGAACAUCCUGCUGAUAGGAGCUGUAGGAGCCGGCAAGUCGAGUUACUUCAACACCAUCAACUCCAUAUUCCGUGGUCAUGUGACGAGUCAGGCUUGCAGUGGCAGCGCAGAGCACAGUCUCACUACCGUGUAUCGAGUGUACAAGAUUCGCUCUCAGGAAACUGGUUUUCCACUCAAGUUUCGACUGUGUGACACGCGAGGUCUGGAGGAGGCGCAGGGAAUGGAUUCAGCAGAUCUGUUGGCCAUACUUGACGGUCACCUUCCGGACCGCUACCAGUUCAAUCCAUCAAUGCCAGUCAGCCCAGAAGUAACAGGCUACAAGAAAAAUCCAACUUUACAGGAUAAAAUCCAUGUCAUUGCAUUUGUCAUGGAUGGAUGCUCAGUGGAUGUUUUUCCAGAAAAGAUUCUUACAAACAUUAAGGCUACACAACAAAAGGCAAAUCAGAGAGGUAUCCCCCAAGUGGUUCUGCUCACCAAAGUGGACCGUGUGUGUCAGGAAGUGGAACAGGACCUGUCACAGGUCUUCUACAGCCAGGCAGUCCAGGAUCUUGUUGAUGAGGUGUCACAGCUCGUGGGAUUACCACGGGCUCACAUCCUGCCAGUCAAGAAUUACGAGAGAGAGAUGGAGUUGGACCAGGAUGUCAACAUACCGGCAUUGCUGAGUGUCAGACAGAUGCUGAGAUUCGCAGACGACUAUCUCUACAACUUUGUUGAUGAAAGUUAAACAUGACAUUUUAAAUCUUGUUGAGGUGCUGGAACCCAUGGCUUCUGUGUUGUGCACAUGUAAUCAAUUACAUUUAUAUACAGGCAGUUUUAAGCCUUCUGGUGGAUAAUAGUCAUUGCUUUUUAAUUUUUUUAGACAUCCAUACAACUUUAUCAUAUGAUGCAUAUUACAUAAAUGUAUUUCUUAUUUUAUAUUGAUACAGAUUUUUGUAAUACUGCAUACAUUGUGUAAACUUGUGCAUAUUUUGUAAGCUAUGUAAACAUAUUUUUUAUAAAAAAAAUUGUUUUUUAGACAAAUACAUUUGCCUGGGGUUUUUUUGUGCACAAUCAAAAUGUGAUUUAUAGAAUCUUAACAAAUUAUUGGUUUUCCUUAAGUUAACAAUGUAUUAAUGGUUUGGGUUUCAUCUCACCUCAUCUCAUGUAGCAAUGUUUCCCACACUGAGUGAAAUGUUUAGUGGUGUAGCUUACAGCCAGAACUUUAUAAAACAAAAAGUUUCAGUGUUUUAUAAAAACAUAUGUUAAAGGAAGGGCACAUUAAGGCACUUGGCCUGGUAUGCAUAGUCAACGAUAUAUAUAAUGCACAUUAUUGUGGGAUAUUUUUCGUUAUUUUUUUUAGACAAAUAUAGUUGCCUGUUUUUUUGUGCACAAUCAAAUUGUGAUUUAUAGAAUCUUAACAAAUUAUUGGUUUUCCAUAAUUUAACAAUGUGUUAAUGUAGCAAAGUUUUCCACACUGAGUGAAAUGUUUAGUGGUAUAGCUUACAGCCAAAACCAUCCAAAAUAAAAAGUUUCAGUGUUUUAUAAAAACAUAUAUGUUGUUCAUGAGAACCAGUGUUAACAGACAACAUUUUUGGAAAACAAAUAUAACAAUUCUGAUAACUUGUAAUCAAGUUAUAAGUUGAGCGAAUUAAUGGUUAUAAUGGUACAACUGUUUGAUUAAAAAAUUAUAAGAUGCAUUCUGAGUUUUAAAAAAUAUAUAAAUAACAUCCAGAAAUACACUUAUGUUAAAACAUAUAAGGACCAUAUAUUUUUGGCAGGUAUCUGGGAAGAGCAUUUUGCCAGCAGACACCAUGACAAUCCUGUGACUUCAAUAACUAGAUAGCAGUACAGCUGAGGACAGACAAAAAUAGUUUUCUUAAAUUAAGGUAUUUUUUCAAAUUACAUUCUUUGAAAAUCAUAGAAAUAAGGUAUACAAAAUUUGCCGUAUUUAUUAGUGGAUUAAGUUCAAUGUUGCUUUCUUUGCUCAUUUUAGCCUCAUUUUACUAACAUUUCUAUGAAUGCGACAGAAAUUUGUUUACUUUUGGCUGGGUUUCCAUUGAAGUUCACUUUUCACAUGUCAUGAUUCACUUUUCACCAUUCACGCGUGAACAGAAUAUCAAUUUUUUCUUGCAGUGUAAACAAUAUGAACAACAGAGACUGAUUCUAUGUAAUUCCUUCCAGCUUUUUCAACCAAUAGAUUUACAGUUACUGUUAUAUGGUAGAAGCACAUUAAACGAUGCCAAUAAUAAAGAAAUAUUUACUUAUGUUCAAAUAUAUAUAAAAAAAAACCUCAUCGUUUUGAUUAAUAAAGUAUUAUUUAAAUUACCAAAAGGAUUAUUUGUAAAUGUGAUAGCAAAUUUAA